GCCACGCCACGCACACAGCAAACACCCGCCCGCCCCUCACUCCUUUCCUAUCCCCUCUAUCCCUUGAUCUGUUGUCCUGCAUCCACACCGCUAGUCGUCAUCCAUCUCCCCGCCUUCUGCCGCAUCGUCGUCCAUAUCCUGCUCCUCACUGUCUUGGUCGUCAUCGGCCACCACGGCCGUAAACUGGCCCUCCUGCCUGGCCCAGUAGGAGUUGAUGUACAUCUCGAACCGAGCCAUCUUGAUGCCCAGCUGCUUGAGCAGCUGCGCCUGCUCCGGUGUCAGCGGCUGGCCCUCCCGGCACACCGUGUAGCUGCCCAUCAGAUGAAUCACACCGUCUUUGAGCAGAGUCGGCAGACCCAGGGCGCGCAAGUGAGGCUCCACCGAGUGAGGGAACUUAGACAGAGCAUCCGUGCCUUCGGGCAGCACGAUGGUCUCGGUCGCAGUGAAGCCAGAGCGGGCAAACUCCUCUGGCCGGAAGUCAGCACAGAAGCGCUCGAUGUCGUCCGGCCGCUUGUCAGUGAUGAGAAGAGCCCUCUCCCCCCGCAGCCUGCGAGCGAUGUGGUGUAUGUUGUCCUGGCACUCGGUCUCUGGCGUGAGGCCGAGGGCCACCUGCAUGAGCUUGUUCUUGCCGCAGAACACCCGGCCGGGCUUCAUCUUCUCCCGCACCAUCUUCUGGUAGACAUUCCUCUGGUUGUCGAGAUCCAGCAAGUAGACGUACUGGAACUUGUCAGUGGCUUGGCGCAGCUCCUCGAUGAGUUUCUCCUUCCGCGCGGGAUCCUUCCGUUUCACCUUGGUCAGCGCAAUGGGCCGAUCUCGCUUGGACUUGGGCAUCGUCGCUUCCUCUUCGCCCUGAAGAGCAGUUUCG